CAUUCAUACAUCGGCUGGGCGGUACUUAGCGCAAGGAGGGGCGUGUCCUGACGCUCAAACCGAAGUUGCGAAUCCAUCGAGGUAAUGAAAUGGUUACAAGUCCUACAAUCCGGAUAAUCAGCCACAAUUACUUUGAAAUAAAACGAAACCAGCGCAAAAGCAAAACAGUCCAGUCGAGUUUAUUGUUACAGGAUGUGCUCUGGAACGAAGACGUGAGUGCGCGCGCUGGAGACGCAGACGCUGGACUGUCAAUGCCCGGAUUCUCUAUUGAUCAUGCUAAUGUAUGGAGAUAUAACUUCUUAAAAUAAGCAGAAAUGUGGCCGGCUCGCUUUCUUCUCUUCUUCUGCCUCGGCUUCAUAUUUGUGGAGGUUCAGAGGAGCAACGGUCAGUCAGUGUGUCCUGGCACUGAUAACAAGCUCAGCACGCUCUCUGAUUUGGACCAGCAGUACAGAACCCUUCGCCAGUUCUACGAGAACUGUGAGGUGGUCAUGGGUAAUCUGGAGAUCACCAGUAUUGAACGAAACCGUAACCUGUCUUUCCUCAAGUCUAUCCGUGAGGUGACGGGUUAUGUUUUGGUGGCUCUGAACCAAUUCGACUUUCUUCCUCUGGAGAACCUGCGGAUCAUCCGAGGCACUAAACUGUAUGAAGGACGCUACGCCCUGUCCAUCUUUCUCAACUAUAGACGAGAUGGACACUUCGGCCUUAGACAACUCGGCCUCAAGAACCUGACAGAAAUCCUGAAUGGAGGCGUGUAUGUGGAUCAGAACAAGUUCUUGUGCCAUGCUGACACCAUCCACUGGCAAGACAUCAUCAAGAACCCACGUUCUGAGCUUCUGGUUGUGCCUUCAAACAACAGUGGCAACACAUGCAGAAGGUGUCAUCGCUCCUGUAACGGACGCUGCUGGGGCCCGCAGGAGGAUCAAUGCCAAAGCUUGACAAAGACGGUGUGUGCAGAGCAGUGUGAUGGACGCUGUUUUGGUCCGUACGUCAGUAACUGCUGCCACCGUGAAUGUGCAGGAGGCUGUUUCGGACCCAAAGACACGGACUGCUUUGCUUGUACCAACUUUAAUGACAGCGGGGCCUGUGUGACACAAUGUCCUCAGCCAUUCGUCUACAAUCCAACAACCUUCCAGCUUGAACACAAUCCCAACGCCAAAUACACCUACGGAGCGUUCUGUGUCAAGAAAUGCCCACAUAACUUUGUGGUGGAUCACAGCUCUUGUGUCAGAGCCUGUCCGAGCAACAAGAUGGAGGUGGAGGAAAACAACAUCAAGAUGUGCAUCCCGUGCACUGACAUCUGUCCGAAAAUGUGUGAUGGUAUAGGGACCGGCAGUCUUCAAACAGCUCAAACUGUAGAUUCCAGCAACAUCGAGAAGUUUGUCAAUUGCACUAAGAUCAACGGCAACCUCAUCUUCCUCAUCACGGGCAUCAAAGGAGACGCGUAUCAUGAUAUCAAAGCUCUGGAUCCCGAGCGACUAAAUGUGUUCCGCACCGUCAGAGAGAUCACAGGUUACUUGAACAUCCAGUCUUGGCCAGAAAACAUGACUGACCUUGGUGUCUUUUCCAACCUUGUCACCAUAGGAGGAAGAACUCUUUAUAGUGGUAUUUCUCUGCUGAUCCUGAAGCAGCGCUGGAUCUCUUCACUGCAGUUCCAGUCUCUGAGAGAGAUCAGUGCCGGUAACGUCUACAUGACCAACAACAGCCAACUCUGCUUCUACAAUACAGUGAACUGGACCGGUCUGUUCCGCACCAGCACCCAAAGAGCUGUGAUCAAGAACAACAGAGACCCCAGAGAGUGCACCCAACAGAAGAUGGUUUGUGAUUCGCUAUGUUCAGCGGCAGGAUGCUGGGGUCCCGGUCCAGAUCAGUGUCUCUCUUGUAAAUACUUAAGCCGGGGAAGGACAUGUGUGAAAUCCUGUAAUCUUUAUGAUGGAGAUGUUCGAGAGUUUGCCAAUGGAUCUGUGUGUGUGGAAUGUGACAGCCAGUGUGAAAAGGCUGAAGAUAAAACUCUUACCUGUCAUGGCCCUGGCCCAGAUCACUGCGUGAAGUGCUUGCAUCUGAAAGAUGGACCCAACUGUGUGGAGAAAUGCCCUGAUGGUCUGCAGGGAGCAAACAGCUUCAUCUUCAAAUAUGCUGAGACCAACAAUGAGUGCCAUCCCUGCCACCCCAACUGCACCCAGGGGUGUACUGGACCCCGGAUUCAAGAUUGUAUUGGGAUGCUGGACAGGACUCCUCUGAUUGCAGCUGGGGUGAUUGGGGGGAUGUUUGUGUUUGUGAUCGUGGCGCUCGGAUUUGCUAUCUUUUUCCGUCGGAAGAGCAUCAAGAAGAAAAGAGCCUUACGCCGUUUCUUAGAAACAGAGCUGGUAGAGCCUUUAACACCGAGCGGCACGGCACCCAACCAGGCACAGUUACGUAUACUGAAGGAGACGGAGCUCAAGAGGGUCAAGAUCUUGGGAACAGGAGCCUUUGGCACUGUUUACAAGGGAAUCUGGAUUCCAGAAGGGGAAACAGUGAAGAUUCCCGUGGCCAUAAAGAUCCUCAAUGAAAGUACAGGACCUAAAGCCAAUGUGGAGUUUAUGGAUGAGGCGCUGAUCAUGGCCAGCAUGGAGCAUCCUCAUCUAGUGCGUCUGUUGGGGGUCUGCUUGAGUCCCACUCUUCAGCUGGUGACUCAGCUCAUGCCCCACGGCUGUCUGCUGGACUAUGUUCAUGAGCACCAGGAGAACAUCGGCUCCCAGCUGCUGCUCAACUGGUGCGUGCAGAUCGCAAAGGGUAUGAUGUACCUGGAGGAGAGGCGGCUGGUGCACAGGGACCUCGCGGCUCGUAACGUCCUGGUAAAAUCUCCAAACCACAUCAAGAUCACUGAUUUUGGACUUGCUCGACUGCUGGAAAUAGAUGAAAAGGAGUACAGCGCGGAUGGAGGCAAGAUGCCCAUCAAGUGGAUGGCCCUGGAGUGCAUUCACUACAGGAAGUUCACACACCAGAGCGAUAUAUGGAGCUAUGGGGUGACUAUCUGGGAGCUGAUGACGUUUGGAGGAAAGCCCUACGAUGGGAUUUCCACGCGUGACAUUCCAGACAUCCUGGAGAAGGGCGAGCGUUUGCCCCAGCCGCCCAUCUGCACCAUAGACGUCUACAUGGUGAUGGUGAAAUGCUGGAUGAUUGAUGCUGAUAGUCGGCCUCGGUUUAAAGAACUCGCUGCAGAGUUCAGCCGCAUGGCUCGAGACCCUCAGAGAUACCUCGUCAUACAGGGGGAUGAUCGCAUGAAGCUGCCCAGCCCCAACCACAGUAAGUUCUUCCAGAGUCUUCUAGAUGAGGAGGAGCUGGAUGACCUGAUGGACGCUGAGGAGUACCUGGUUCCUCAUUCCUUAAAUGCUCCUCCCACUUCCCAUAUGCCCCACCCACAUGUAGAUUCAAAUCAAAACCAGUUUGGGUAUCAUGACGGAAGUUUGUGCCCUGAAGAGGUAACAGGGUCCCGACCUCAUGAGGCAGUUGCUACAGGAAGUGGCCCGACAGGACUGAUACAAAGAGCCGGUCUGGACCCAGCAGAGGAUCCGCACUGUAACGGAAACUUGAAGAAACAGGCCACGGCUCACUCAGCAGAGGACAGCAGCGGCCAGCGCUACAGUGCAGACCCGACCGUCCUCCUGGGAGAGAAAGGACAGAGGGAUGAUACAGAUGAGGAUGGUUAUAUGUCCCCUAUGAAGGACAAGAUCUCCACAAAUCAUCUGAAUCCAGUUGAGGAGAAUCCUUUUGUAACAAGGCGUAAAAAUAAAGACGUUCACGCACUAGACAACCCAGGUUACCACAGCACCCCUGAUGGAAAGCCCAAAUGUGAAGAUGAAUACAUCAACGAGCCCCUUUACCUCAACGCAUUCAACAACACCAGCGACACAAACCAGGAAAUGUUACGGAAGAAUGGGGUCUCCAUCCCAUUGCAGGUGACCACAGCAGCCCACACUCCAGGCUCCCACGUUCCCCACAUCACACAACUGGGCAAACCCCAUCAUCACAGCCACGGACCGCACGUUCACUUCGCCAUACCACCAGUUCAGCUGGUUCACCCUGUACCGAUGAGCCAAAAUGAUCAACAUACCCAUUCGGUUCAGUCAGUUCAUGAUCACGGCAGCAAACCUGGCUCGCAAGCACCAGCAGGCCAGAUCUGUCUUGUGAGCCAUCAAGUCCAACCGGGACACCCAAGCCAAUCGAAUCGUUCCCCACAACAGUUUCAUUUGGCAAAGUCCGCAGUGGUUGGUAAGCUACCAGGUCAUCCGGUGCAACCAGGCAGCCUGAUUGGGACCACGUUAGUGGACAAGAUGUACAAGAAUAGCUUUGACAAUCCUGAGUAUUGGCAGCACAGCCUUCCACCCAAGGAGAACUCUCAAGACUCUUCGGUGGUCUGCAAUAACAAGUUCCUUCACAAGCAGAACGGCCGCAUACAGCCUGCCGUGGCUGAAAACCCUGAAUAUCUGUCUGGAAUGAAGCCAGGAACAGUCCUGCCUCCUCCUCCGUACCGGCAGAGGAACACUGUGGUCUAACGUCCAGGUCUCUGUAGAGCCUGGUUCUUCUACCAGCACCUUAAAUGUCUUUCCUUGAUCCUCUGGUGGUCAAAAACGGGACUAGAACUAAUUCAAGCCACUGAACUGACAUUAUGCCACAUAAAAUAUGGCAUAACAAUUGUGGGGAUAAGGUCAGCGCAACCCAUCCAAACCCCAUCCAUCCCCAAAGACCUUGCCAGUCACCCAGGAACAUUGUUUUUCUCCUCGACAGGUAUUUUAAAGUGUUUCGUAUACAGGACGGCACAUAGUUAGAUCUAGUAACUUGGCGAGAUUCCAGCCACUCUCAAAGGUCCUUAAUUUCAUUCUGAAUGGAAAGAAGUGUAUUUAAAAGAUUUUAGGAGCGAAUAUGCACUUGAAUUUUAUAUUUUCCUGACUGGAACACUUGCACUUUUUCAGCAAAUCCUUCAUACCGCCAAAACUGCUGCCCUACUGGGAAGACUACAGUCAGACCUGAGAGGAUUGUAAAAUUAUGAACAGUUGAGUUCCUCAGCACAAUGAGUUGAAGAAAAGGCUGAUAAAGGCGCUGAGAGGGAUUUGUUCAUAUUGAGAACACAAUACAGUAAUAGUCAGUGAAAGUCACAUUUGGUGAGUGGUGAACUCACCUGUUGAGAGAUACGGAGAAUUAAUUAUCAGGACGAAUGGCACUGAAUGGUUUACAGGGUGUUUACAUUCAUUUACUUUAUCAGUACCUGAAUUAAGUGGGAACUUUAAGUCUCCUUCGGAAUUUUUAACUGUUACUUUUAUCUUCUUAUUUGUUGAAAGACAUAAGCAAAGGUUAUGGUCAACACAUUAAGGUCAAUAUGAAAUUGACCCUACUUACUUCAUUAAUGUUCUGGGUGUUUUUCCAAAGAGCAAAAUGUUUAAAUGUGUUAACUUGAACUUCCACCACUGAAAUAACUUUCAUUUUUGGCUGGCGUCAAAAUUAUUUAACCAUUCUUCAAAGAAAACUACGGAGCACCUAAAGGGACAUGGUGAAGGGAAAAAAAAAUAUGAGAUGGAGGAAAAGUUAUUUGUCAAUGCAUUGCAUUCUUUCACAAAUGAAACUUUGCAUACCUUCACAAAAACUUUUGCAUUCUGCCGAGAAACUUUGCAUUCGCUCUCGAAGAGCUCAAAAGGUUUUGCGAGAGAACACAAAGUUUCUCAGGGGAACGCACAACAUUUGCGAGAGAACUAUUUUGUUCCACCAUCUUGUUCCUUUUUGGGGGGCUCCGUAGAAAACAAAGAUUACUGGAGUAUGUUUUACAAGAAAAUACUGUUUCAGUCUUUCUACUUCAAAAUGUUUUGUUUAAUUUAAUAUGUUACUUGCCUUUGUAAUUAAUUAAUUGUGCAAUUUGAGUGCACUUUUUUUUUUCAGUGGUGGCAUUGUUGAGGCUACUGUUGUUGGUAAUACAGCCUGUUGCCAAUGGUUAAUGCAGUGAUUAAUUUUAGCUAAUGUCAUACGGUUAUGGCAAUAAUAGCAAAUAGGGGUGUAACGGUACACAGAAGUCACUGUUUGGUACGUACCUCUGUUUGAGGUCCACGGUUCGAUAUGAGUUCAGUACAACAGGAAAAAGCAACAAAUCCCCAAUACUAGGUUUCUUUUCACUUAUUUUAAACAGAUUGUAGUUCAAAUUGCCACCUAUAGCAGCAUUUAGUCCCCUAGUUGGUACAGUACAGCCUCCUAUUAUAGUGUAUUAAGCACUAAGCAGUAAACAGAAUGCAUUCUUUUAUAGCUCAUAUUUUUUUGUAGAGCUGAUAAAAAUCAAAAGGUAUUUGGUCACAAUCAGCUACAAAACUGAAAAGCAUCUCUUGUGUUAUAAAAGUGAAAUAGCACCUGAAGCUCCCAUUUCCAUCACUGGACUGUUGUAGUGAGACUUCCACGAGUCACGGCACAAAUCGGCACAAUGGCAGAUGAUUUUGUCUCAUUAUAACAUCGGAAAAAUACUCCAUCAUUUAUAGUCCUACAGAAAAGAGUAAGACAUCAUUCAAAACUGUAAGGGUCUAUUUUUUAUUUGUUAAAACUAAACAUUGUGCUUUUGUAAAAUAAAGAAAACAAACAAGGUGCCACUCUUUUUCCUGUUGUGGAGGUUAGCAAAUAGUUUUGCAUUACCACAGCGCCCCCUUCUGGAUUGGAGUGUGGAUCGCCUGUGACUGACUGUAUUCAACGCCUGACUGUAUGCACCGAACCGUUCGAGACGAAUGCAUGUACCCUUACACCCCUAAUAGCAAAUAAUGAUCGAUUUGAUUUAAUUCUGAAUUUGACCCAGCCAGAAAGUCUCCUCAGAAGCAGGUGCCAGAAGUGUUUUAGAAGUUUCGCAAUCGACAAACUCGCAUUCAGGGCAUUUUAUGGUACAUUAUAUGCUCGUUUUCACAAUCCAAUCAUUUCCCGGUUGAUAAAAUGAAGUCUGAAUAUUCUGUUCAGCAUCAUAUUAAGGAAGUAACAUCUGAAAGCUGUUUUAUGUUGACUUUAAGGGAAAGUUUCAGUCAUAUAUUUUCAGUGUUUUGUAGGUGAUGUUUUCAUGUGACUGGAUUGCAUUCUGUUUCCAACCGAAGUUAGCAAAACAAAUGAAUACAAUAAGUUUUAAUCUGCUGGUUAACAUAUUUACUAGUAAUUUUGAGUUUCAAUUCAGUGUGUCAGUACUGAGCCUUUGACGAAUCUGCAAUUGGAAAAUGGAAUUUGGGCACAACAUUUAUUUUGUUAUCAUUACUAUUUAUUCACAAUGGCUGCUAUGUUUUUAUUUGGGGCAUUUCAUUGUAUUUCACAAAACAAAUUUUCUAGUUAACACGGCAGGUUUACAUGAAUUAGGGAGGUUGGAUAUGUGAUGCUGUGUUACGUAUCACAAAGUCACAUAACUGAGCUGUAUUUUGUAAAAUUGCAAACACUACAAGGCUUUAAUGUGCCACUUUUCAGCGCUAACAUAAUUAUAAAAACAGCCUUCAGUCUCUAUCACUGUCAGUGUCUAAAAUUGUGUGGUUUUAUUUUUGUCGCUGUCUGUCUGUUCUCACACCUAAUAAGUGUAGCACAAAUACAGUAAGUGUUGCCCUGUAGUUUUCAAUCUACCAUCAUUCAUAGUUUCAUGUUUCUGCGUAGCUUUUAAUGAUGUAUUGUCAGAAGACUAGUUUGUAGGUCAAAUAAAUCCCAUUUUGGUGAUGUUUUGUCCAAUUUGUGGCAUAUAAACACAAAGACAUUUACUGUUACAAUUAGUUAAAUAAUGGGGUAUUGUGUUGCAACAAGAUGCUUGAACAUUUCAACAGUCUCUAACUGCCAGAUAUAACAAAGCCUAAUCUCGAGGCACCGUUAUCAUUGUGAACUUUUGAGUUAGAAAUGCCAUUUUUUGGUAAGAAAAGCUGCUUUAGUUCUGCAUUACUGGCCAGUGUGAUCUCAUUGUUAUAGGUAUUAAUGUGUAUUAAUGUGUUUGUACAUUUAGAGUAUUAUAAAGUGUAAACCCUUUAAAAUGUGUAAGGUUGGUCUGGUACAAGAGUAUUUUAAGUCUUUAAAGUAUACAUAUACACACAUUUUAUAUAUAUAUAUAUAUAUAUAUAUAUAUAUAUAUAUAUAUAUAUAUAUAUAUAUAUAUAAUAUAUAUAUAUAUAUAUAUAUCGAAAACAGUUGCUUAAUAUUUUUGUGGAAACUGAUGCGAAAAGAACAGCAUUAUUUAAUUAUAUGCAUUAUCAUCCUUGCUGAAUAAAAGUAUUACUUUCUUUUAAAAACCGCCCCCAAACUUGGUGUAAAAGGGUUUGCAUUUUAUAUACUCUAUAAAUUGAUAUUGUCUUUAUUAGCUAUAAUAAUGUAUGGAAAUAAAUGUGUUCUAGAACCACACUUUAUUUUACAUACUAAACAUGCCGACAAAUACUAAUGAGAUCAUGUUGAACUGGCUGAAAUGAAUUAAAUUAACCAUAUUUGACAUAGUUUAAUCAUAUUUCAUAAUUUUACUUGAGAUAUUAUCUGAUCCACUGCAGGGAAGCGUUUAGCAAUUUUAUGGACUGCCGAGAAUCAUGCAUUUUGCAGUAAUUCACUAUCCAGUAUCUACCAAACCUUAUAUGUACAUAUGACAAAUCAUGGAGUGUUUUUUUUUAAACAUACACCAUUUUGUGUGCAGUAAUAUGUACUGUAUUUCUGAGCCAUGAGGCAUUUGGAGUGACAGCUCUGUAACAAGUGUGUUCUUCUAAAGGAAAGUGAAUAGUAUUUUUGUAGAGUGCUGAAAGAUUUAUGGGGAAGUGUAAAUAUAUAGAGACUGUUGCAUCACGUCUUUUUUUUUUUUUCUUUGUCAUGAAACGUUCAGUUCUGUUUAACAUGCGCCGUCUGUAGUAAUGGUCUGACAUUGUGUCAGUAACUUUGUAUUUGUGACGUUUGAUUUGAUCUCAAGUGAUGUUCUGUUUCUUUGUGA